UUCAUCAUCUGUAUUCCUUUCCUUGCAGCUGUUUGGAACGAUAGUCUGGAUUUUGGUAGCUUCUACCCGAGUUCCACUGCCGCUGCUGCAAGGAUGGGUAAUGUUUGUAGCGGUGACUGCAUGGUUCCUGUCCAUUGUGUUCCUGUGUGUGUUCCUUUUCGGUUAUGCAAAUAGAAUUGCUGUCAACUGGAACCAGACGGAUUUUCUUUUCCAUGGGGCUACUUUUGUCUUUUAUUUUGGAGCUUUUCUAUUGCAAGCAGCAACUACAUCUCUGCAUCACUUUCCCCGCAAAUUCAAUUCCACCACACAGGAGAAGAUUCUAGCUGAUCAUGAAUAUAACAUAAGCAUAGCAGCCUCGAUUUUUGCCUUUGCAACAGCUGUUUGUUACGGUUGCAGCACAGCCCUGGCAUUAAGGAGAUGGAGGCUAUAGCAGUUGAACAGAAGUUAAUGCCUGUGUGUUCCACUUUGGAUCAAAUUAAGUGCUACUUGUCUGUUUUACUGUAAUCUAAUUCCAAAUAGACUUUUUUUUGCUUGAAAUCUGUUUUAAAGUGUUGAAAUGCAAAUAACCCCUAAUCAGGAUUUCCUUAACAGAAAACAAGUUUCCACCUCUUCCCUUUCUGAUUUUUACUUUUAUUGUGUACUUAUUAGAAGCAUACUCAUUGUAUGGUAUUGUAGAGUUCAGGCAUAAACAGAUGUGUCAUUAGCAGAUAACAGAAUUCUAGUGCU